CUGCGCAAACCAUGCAGGAUGAUUUACUGAUGGACAAAAGCAAAGCCCAGCCCCAGCAGCAACGGCAGCAACAGCAGCAGCAAGAUCCAAACUCAGCAGAAGCCCCCUCUACGCCCAUAUCGUCGGAGACACCCAAACCAGAAGACAGCAGUUCAGUGACUAGUAUCGGCACAUCGGCUCCUUCCCAAAAUAGCAAAGAGAAGAUGCAGAUGGAGUCUCCCAUUUUGCCUGGUUUGAGCUUUCACCAGCCUCAACAAGAACCUGCAGCCGGCACCUCCUUGUCUCCCUCCUUCGGCAGCACCUGGUCUACAGGGACCACAAACACGGUGGAUGAUAGCUUUUUUCAAGGGAUUACUCCAGUCAAUGGGACAAUGCUUUUCCAGAAUUUUCCACAUCAUGUCAAUCCUGUAUUUGGUGGCACUUUCUCGCCUCAGAUUGGCCUAGCUCAGACUCAACACCACCAACAUCAGCAGCAGCAGCAGCAAGCUCAGCAGCAGCAGCAGCGGAGGUCACCUGUAAGCCCUAAUCAGGCACCUUUUGCACAGAGAAAUGCUGCUUACAGCCAUCAGCCCAUCAUGACCAGCAAACCGUCUUCCUCCUCUGCCUCUUCUUCUUCCUCCUCCAGCUGGAAUAACCAUCAAAAUGCAGCUUGGAGUACACCUUCCAACCCUUGGGGUGGGCUGCAGGCUGGUAGGGACCCUCGAAGGGCAGUUGGAGUAGGGGUCGGUGUGGGAGUGGGAGUUGGUGUACCCUCCCCCCUCAAUCCCAUUUCACCCCUUAAAAAACCAUUCUCCAGCAAUGUCAUUGCCCCUCCGAAGUUCCCACGGGCUGCACCCUUAACCCCCAAAUCCUGGAUGGAAGACAACGCAUUCAGGACGGACAAUGGCAACAAUCUGUUGCCUUUUCAGGACCGGAAUAGGCCCUAUGACACUUUUAACUUGCACUCUUUGGAAAAUUCCUUAAUGGAUAUGAUAAGGACUGAUCAUGAGCCUCUGAAAGGUAAACACUACCCUCCCAGUGGCCCACCAAUGAGUUUCGCUGAUAUAAUGUGGAGGAAUCAUUUUACAGGACGUAUGGGAAUAAACUUUCAUCAUCCAGGAACAGACAAUAUUAUGGCUCUUAAUACCAGGAGCUAUGGGCGGAGAAGAGGUCGGUCUUCACUCUUUCCUUUUGAAGAUGGCUUCCUAGACGACAGUCAUGGUGAUCAGUCUUUAUCAUCGGGGCUCAGCUCUCCGACACGCUGUCAGAACGGUGAAAGAGUGGAACGCUAUUCUAGAAAGGUGUUUGUUGGAGGUCUUCCUCCAGACAUUGAUGAAGAUGAGAUCACUGCCAGCUUUCGUAGGUUUGGACCUCUUGUGGUGGACUGGCCUCACAAAGCUGAAAGCAAGUCAUAUUUUCCACCUAAAGGUUAUGCCUUUCUGCUGUUCCAGGAAGAAAGCUCUGUACAAGCUCUAAUAGAUGCCUGUCUGGAAGAAGAUGGGAAACUUUACCUGUGUGUGUCAAGUCCUACAAUCAAGGAUAAACCAGUGCAAAUUCGACCUUGGAACCUAAGUGACAGUGACUUCGUGAUGGAUGGGUCUCAGCCUUUGGAUCCAAGAAAAACUAUCUUUGUUGGAGGAGUUCCACGGCCUCUCCGAGCUGUUGAAUUGGCAAUGAUUAUGGACCGUUUAUAUGGAGGUGUCUGCUAUGCUGGCAUUGAUACAGACCCAGAGCUGAAAUAUCCAAAAGGUGCUGGCAGGGUGGCUUUCUCCAAUCAGCAGAGCUAUAUUGCUGCUAUCAGUGCUCGCUUUGUCCAGCUCCAACAUAAUGACAUUGAUAAACGGGUGGAAGUGAAGCCAUAUGUGCUGGAUGAUCAGAUGUGUGAUGAAUGCCAGGGCACUCGCUGUGGUGGAAAAUUUGCUCCAUUCUUUUGUGCCAACGUUACCUGUUUGCAGUAUUACUGUGAAUACUGCUGGGCAAGCAUACACUCUCGUGCUGGGCGAGAGUUCCACAAACCACUGGUAAAGGAGGGAGGUGACCGGCCCCGCCACGUCCCGUUCCGCUGGAGCUGA